AUGGCGCAGACAUCGGCGAAAAAAGGCACUAUAUCUCAAACGAUACCUUUGAUUAAGAAAAAGGAUUUUUCGCGACGUAAUUCACGGUCACGAUCACGUGGUCGUAAAUUGCGUCGUUCGAAACCUUCCACAAGUUUGACGUCUCAGACCAUUAAACCGGAUUCAGUUGAAAAGCUACUGCCGAACAAUGUACAUCAUUCGAUUAUCACUUCUGCCAAUUCGGCCGCACUUAAAAAUCACUCUUCGGAAACAUCAGCGAAGCCCAGCGGAACCAUUUCUGGUGCAGGAAAUUUCAUGAAGUUGUCGAGCCAUCUUGUUGGUCAUCCCUACAUUUUGACUUUCAUCCAUCUUUUGCUGUGCGUUCUCUACGCUUUUAUCAUCUAUAAGGCAGCGAACUAUUUUGGUGUUGAUCGAUUCGUGAUAAAACAUUGGACGCAAUGGAGCAAAAAGAUUCUUCCUAAUUUAUCGUCAUGA